ACGUGUUCGCAUGGCGACAGCGAAGCGUGCAUCCGUGGUCUCGGCAUCUGGUUGCCACAUGCCCUGCACUGCAUCUGCGCAAGUACAUGUAUAGAUGGAUUCCAAAGCUAACACCAUCGCCACAGAUAAUUCUGCCAACAGCCAAGGACUGCAAGUGCAUACGUUGUUGAAUCCUGAUGACUCCCCGUCGCGAAAUUCGAUGCCAUGUACGCCGCUGUCCGCGCGAGUACCCAUUUCUCAUCAAGUCGGCGCCUCCCAGCUGCCGUCGCUCAACCAAGGCUUUCAUGAGGGCCCAAACCGUGACAGCUAUGGCCAACAACGCGAUAGUCUGGGGCGUGAGCUCAACCGAGAUAGCUAUCGUGAUAGCAGAGACCUGGCCCCGAGCUCGCAUCUGGAUUCUCGUCGAAGCAGUGUGGACAGCCGCAUGCACCAAGGAUUCAACUCGCUAUAUAUCAAUGGACCCGCCUCACCCUACGAGAGCGCCAACACAUCACAGGUCUCUCUUGCCGCCAGUCUGCGAAGACAACCGGGACAGCCCAUCUCACCGCUCAGUACUCGGUCGAGUCAACGCGGCCAGCCCGCGCCGCGCAUCGCACCACCCAUUAUGCCCGUCGGCCGCGGGCCUGGUGUGCCAGAUCCCACGGCAGCGAAGCCUACUCAAGGUUUUGCCUGGGCAUUCCCAGACAGUGCCAUUCCAGAAGAAGAGCGACGAGGCUCGGACAGCGGAGAGUCCAGUACACAUAAUCCGUCCAGGCAGAACAGCUUUGCGGCAUCAUCGGUUCGCAGUAGCAUCUUCUCCAAUGACUCGCAUCUACCCAUGGGGCAACAGCCUUCGACGACGCACCACCAUUCUCUUCAGCACCGCACCAUUUCUGGCCUGCAGCAUGAGGGCCUGAACGCACAAGGUAUUGGUAACUACAGCCGGACGCCAGAGCUCCGAGUCAGUCACAAACUUGCCGAAAGAAAGCGUCGUAGUGAGAUGAAGGAUUUGUUCGAGGACCUGAACAAGGCCGUUCCCCAGAAUGGAGGCACAAAAGCCAGCAAAUGGGAGAUUUUGACGAAAGCUAUCGAAUACAUUCGCAGUCAACAGCAUCACGAGCGUAAUCUCCAAGCAGAAGUUCAGCGUUUACAGCGGGACAAUGACUUUGCUCGCGAGGCGCACAAGGAGAACGACAUGCUCAAGACCGAGGUGCAGGUGAUGCGUGAGCAUCUCAGGCGACUGGAGCCCAACGCGGCCCACAUUUAUGGCCAUUUUACAUCCCAGCUGAAUCAGCAACAAGCACAGGGCAACGGGGGCCCCGGGAUCGCUCUGGCUCCCCUAAACACAGCACCAGGCAUCGGUCAGGCACCCGGGCCAUUCAACGGCGCUGCUGCUCCGGCUGCCAUGCAAGGCGUCGAGUAUGGAACAUAUACGCGGUAGGGCCGCCCAUGCCGGAGCGACUCUCUGCGUGGACUCACAACGACGACGAAUGGCGCGAAUACGUUCAGCGCGUGGCCAGUGCCGCCCCCCGAGCUUUCGCAAGCGGCUGUAGCAUGAACGCACCGCAUUCCUUUUGUUUCGAAUGGCGCCAUCCUUCCUCAGGCGCGUCGCUAUUUGCACUGCAUGCCGCGGGUGCGGUCAGAGCCUAAUCCGCUCUCCAUCGGAAUUGUUAUUAUGGCAGGAGCCCUUGAUACCAGCACUAUACCAUCACACGUGGCGCCUCGGAGCGGGCGCACGGGUCGCAGCAGAGUCUCGCGACUUUUUGUGAACGACGGAAUUAUCUAUAGACAGCGCUGGAGUAUCUUGUACUAGUGCGAUAUAUUGUAUCUUAGCUGAAAAAAAAGUAGCACGACUACGUAUGAACAGGG